AUGUCAUCCUUCCUUCAGAGUCUCCCAUUUAACAACCAACGUGCAAGAGCUCUCAAAAAGGACCAGGAUCUAGCACCCACAGGCCAACAAACAGCCUCUGCAGCGCUGGGCGCUGCAGGUUCUUCUCUAUUGCCUUCUGCUCUUUCCGCUUCUCCUACAUUAUUAUCAUCAUUAUCAUCACCAUCAUCUCAACAACAACAACAACAACAACAACAACAACAACAGCAACAACCCCUAUUCUCUUCUCCUCCUCAACAACAACAACAACAACCAUUUGGACCCCAGGGAUUCCAGGCUUCCCCUGGAUCAUUCAAUCCAAAUAUUAUGGGCUCAUCUCCAAAUAACAACAACAACAUUGGAACAGUCGUAGGAACUCCAACCUCUGGUCUCGCAUCACAGAUUCUGCGGCAACACGCUGAAACUACCCUUGGAUCAGGGGCCCUGCGGCAAGCUGUCAUGCUACCCGAAGGCGAAGAUCUUAACGAAUGGGUGGCUGUGCAUGUGGUUGAUUUCUAUAAUCAAAUCAAUAUGCUCUACGGUACCAUUACUGAAUUUUGCUCCCCAACUUCAUGUCCACGUAUGUUGGCCACUGAAGAGUAUGAAUAUCUUUGGCAAGAUGGUGCUAAAUACAAAAAACCAACUAAAAUGAGUGCCCCAGAAUACGCAGAACAUCUCAUGGAAUGGGUCCAAUCAUAUAUUGAAGAUGAAUCUAUCUUCCCCACACGUAUGGGUAAAGAUUUUGGUAAAGAUGCCCCCAUGGUGUUUCGUAACAUUCUUAAACGUCUCUUUCGCAUCUAUGCUCACAUUUACUGCCACCAUUUUGACCAAGUCGAUGCCUUGGGGAUCCUCCCACAUCUUAAUACCUCUCUUAAGCAUUUUAUCCUUUUUACUAACCAGUUUAAACUUGUGGAUCAACGUGAAUUGGCCCCUUUACGUGAACUCAUUGUACUUUUGUUGUCUGAUGGCCAGCAGUAA